AUGCCGGACAGAGUUUCGUACUUGUGCCAUGAUUCUGCACGAUUCAGUCAGCUGGACACAAAUGGUGGUACUCAAACAGCUGCAGGAGUAAUACAGAUAUCUCACGCAGAACUCGCCCUGCAGCUCCACUCAAUCAUCUUACGGAUAACGAGCAAGAUGCUGACGAAGAGCUUCUCUGGCUCUCGCGACUUUUCACUGGCCAUGGAUAUUGGUGAAACUGUGGCGGCCGGCAUCAUCACUGCCUCAAGCAUAGAAAAUGCAACUGCAUCUGUUAUCAAGCACUCCCCGGUGGUACAUCCAGUGACCGGUGAAACGCUUCAUCCGAGACCAUCCCACUGUUUACGCCGUCACAUUGACGGCAGCGAGGAGCUUGCAGUUCGUUACGUACAUACACAUGUCGAUGGCUAUACUCUGGGUAGGCUUAUUCUGAUCUAUCCACGUCCGCUGUCAAACUUGCUUAUUCAGACCUAUGAUUAUGCAUGUUCACUUCAUGAGGAGUGGACAUUUUUACUUCGAUCACGCUGGUGCAAGAUGAAAGGCCUUUAUAUUGUUACACGAUACCUCUCCUUGAUCUUUCUCGCCACAGAUCUAUAUCUGUACUUUUCCCCGAAUGAGAACCCAGGUAAAUGCCGGGUGUUGGAAAAUAUUCAAUCAGGUACGUGCACGGUACAUUCAUGUAUGCACGUCCUUCCCGAAGGCUACUACUUUUCUCUCACAGGUCUUGGUACAGUAUUAGUAAUUUCUUCCGAAUAUUUUUUUGUCUCCAGAACAUAUGUGCUCUGGAACAAAAAUAGGAUCUUGCUCGCAGCUAUCGUGUGCACGUCUUUCGUGAGUUCCAAAUCCACUCACAAUAUCCAAGCUAGUGGUAGAUGCAUCAGCCAGAUUGUCAUCGUAGCUACCUUCGGCAUCGUCUUCGUCACUGACGUCCCUGCAGCAUAUGCAACUAGCACAAUCCCGGGAAUCACAGGGUGCUACCAGAGUCCAUCCAGUUACCAGCUUUUCAUACCAUUUCUUCUUCUUUCCUUGUUCGAAAUGGGACUCCUGAUCCUCACGCUCAUCCAUGCCAUACAGAGCUGGUGGGCAAACCAAAGCCGUCUGUACGUUCUCCUGGUGAACCAUAACAUAUCCUAUUAUGCAUGCGGUUUUCUGUUCUCGGUAACGAACGUCAUCACACCGCUACUCCUCCAGGACUCCUACCAGACUAUUUUGAAUAGUGUCCAGUUUAUCAUGCUUGCAAUCCUUGCCACGCGCAUGCACCUCCAUCUCUGGGAGGUGAACCGACACCCACGCGGCUCUACUAGUGCCCUUGUGCAUAUUCCAAUGUCCG